AUGUCCCACGCAAAGCAUUUGUCUCGCAGCGAUGCCGGCGACGAUGCGGCCCGGUUCGGAGAGCAUUUUGAUACCAAGCUUGGCAUGCUACGAUGGCAAAGGUCCCUACCGCCGGUCUGCCCCGUGGCUGUUAACAAUGGGCCCUGUGCCAGGAGGGGCCGCUGGUGCAAGUUUAGCACCGCAACCCCCUUUUCUCUCCAAUCAACCUCGCCGUUGACCUGUAGCUAA